AUGGCGGCAGCCGCAAGCAAUGAGAGAACGGGCCAGCCGUGGGCAGACAAGUACAAGCCGCAGUGUAUCGCGCAGAUGUGCUACCCCGUCUGCGCAAAUAAGCUAAAGGCGUGGAUUGAGGGAUUUGACGCAGGGAGCUCCAAGACAAGCGGUGCACUCCUCUCUGGUCCCCCUGGUGUGGGAAAGACUACAUCUGUCUACGCCGUGGCGAGAGAAUUGGGUCGUGUUGUGGUUGAAUACAAUGCUAGUGACUUCCGCAGUCGCAAAUCACUCCGUGAGCAUGUGACAGACGUCAUCAACAACCGUGCCUUCAGCAGCAGCGCUUCGUCGUAUGCCAAAAUCAUUCUUCUUAUGGAUGAGGUAGACGGCUGCGACAUUGGAGGUGUGGGAGAAGUUAUUCAAAUGAUAAAGACGACCACAAUACCGAUUGUGUGUACAUGCAAUGACCGCUGGCAUCCGAAGCUCCGUUCUUUGUUGAACCAUGUGGAGGACAUCCGCGUCAGUCGGCCCCCAUGCAACAUUGUCGCCAACUACAUUUGCGACAAGGUGCUUGCCCGUGAAGGCAUUUCCCUCUCGAAGCAACUUCUGCAGGAUAUCAUCCAACGUUCUGGGAGCGACAUUCGAAGCAUGCUCAACAACUUGCAAAUGUGGUGUGUGAAUCGCACCACGCUGGAGCAGAAAACCCUUGCGGAGUGUGCUGUGCAGUCUGCAAAGGACGGUGAUGUUGGCCUCUUCGAAGCGGCAGAGAUGUUCCUGCUGCAGGGCACAUCAAGGGGGAAGCACCGCUCCAUUGAGGAGCUCCAGUCCGCCUUUUAUAACUCGGAUCUGGUAGAUUUAUUCGUGCAGGAAAAUUACAUUCAUUUUAGGCCGGAGGGUCGUGACUGGAUGAGCGCAGUAGCGGAGGCAGCGGCGUCCAUCUCGUUUGCUGAUGAUGUGCAGCGCAUCAUGUACUACGAGCAGAACUGGUCUGUUUCCCGCGCCUACGUGCAGUUGUCAAGCAUUGCCCCCUGUGCUAUGACACGUGGACAUUACGAGUCGUUUCUGUCAGGGCAGCAGGUCUUUUUUGACCGUCAGCGCCCAGUGAAGUUUCCGUCAUGGCUCGGGCAGAACUCUUCCGCCAACAAGAAUAAAAGACUCCUCCGCUGCUUAACCCUACAAGCGUCACACCACACGAAGGGUAUUAGUGGCAACCAGGAGGACGUUCUGCUUGACUACAUACCGAUGGGGUGGGAAGCUGCCUUGACACGGCCACUCGCUGAGGAGGGUAAGAAUGCCAUUGGGGAGGUAAUUAAAUUCAUGGAUCAGUACCACAUUAUGCGAGAUGACUGGGAGUUUAUCCAGGCUGCAUCACACUUUAAGAAGAUGCAGUCAUCCCCCAGUAACGCUAGCGUAGCGGAAAUACCCACAGCUGUCAAGUCUGCAUUUACACGGGAGUUUAACAAGACGCACCACACCGAGAGUUUUGCAAAGGGGGCACUGCAGCACAUGGGUGUAGACGCUAUGAGCGAUGAAAACGAGGGGGAUGGUGACGACGUGACUAGAAAGGCAGUAGCUACAGCUGCAUCAAAAAAGAAGAAGGCGCCGGUGGUGAAGAAGACGGCUAAGAAAGAGACGACGGAUAAGCCAAAGGCGAAGCGGCAGCCUGCCAAGGCGAAGAAGUCAACAGGCAAACGUGGUAAAAAGGCAGCAUCAGCAUCUGACUCGGAAGAGGAGUUUGUCGUGGGCAGCUCGGAUGAUGACUAG